AGAGAAGAAGAAGCUGAUUUGGGUUCCUUUUAAUUUGAAAAAAAUUAGUGUUGAGGUUUUUGAUGAGUUUAAGCUGAUUUGCAAAAUGGGAGUGUUCGAUUUCACUGUGAUUCCGAUUCUCGAUGACCCACGUUCUCCUUCAUCACCCUCUUCAAAAUCUUGUCAUAAUAUGAUGGAGAAGGGAUUGAAAUCAAGUCAUUUACUAGUUAAAGAGAUGAACAAGAAAAAAGAAAGAAUCAGCAAGUUUAAAGCUACUAGUAGUGCUGCAGCAUCAAUGAAGUUUUGUGUAUGUGCACCCCCAACCCACCCUGACUCAUUCAAAUGUCGUCUUCACCGAGCCACCACUUCAGCUCACCCGAGAACCGUUUCGUUGUCAACAUCAAAGAAGAUUUGCUUAUGUGCACCUGCCACCCACCCUGGCUCAUUCAAGUGUCGCCUUCACCGAACCACCACUUCAUCUCACACAAGAACCGUUUCAUCGUCCGCUCAUCACAUAAAUGGCGUCAAAGGUACAAAAAACUUGAAUCCCUUAAAGCUGGUCACGUCUUCACAAAGUGGCAGAGUCAGAAAUUCUAGCAAAGGGAAUGUUCAUGGAAAGCCUAAACUAUCGAGAUUCGGUAGGGCUGCUCUUGCUCAUGCUACUGCUGCUGCAACUUCUAGUGUACAAAUCCAACCAAUUUCUGCAGCAUUUGGACAAAUGAGUCUUAGUUAGAGAGCCAAAAGAUGGGCAAACAAGAAAAAGAAAAACUCAAGAUCAAGAUUCUACUUUUUAAAGAAGUUACUUGAUUAAUGACUACU